AUGCAAUUAUCACCAGCUGAGAGAGAUUAUUUAUAUGAUUCCUUGUGUCUUCAAACUCCUAUAAGGCCCGAUGCCAGGAAUUUAUAUCAAUUUAGACCCCUUGAAGCCAAAACCACUUUUUUACCCGGUUCAAAUGGUUCAGCAAGAUUAAGAAUGGUCGAUGGUGGUGAAUGUAUAGUUAGUAUCAAAUCUAAAGUUGUUAAGAAUGAAAGUGUUAAUAGUUUAUUAGAAUGUGAUAUUGAUAUUCAAGGUCAUAGAGAUGAUUCAAACUUUGUUAGUAACUUGAAAUAUAACUUAACUAACUUGUUAACUAAGAACUUCCCAUUUGAUGCUUUGAGAUUAACCAAGAAGUAUUCAUUUAAAUUAUUCAUUGAUUGUAUUGUUAUAAGUCACACUUCAUAUCCUUUAACUAUAAUAUCAUUAGCUACAUAUUUAGCAUUAAAAACCACAAGAUUACCCCUUUUGGUUAGUGAAAUCGAUGAUGAAGAAGUUGAAGAACAACCUACAUUUUCCGAUGAUUGGGAAGAUUCAAGGUUAUUACAUGAAAUCACAGGCCAAACUUUUCAACCUCCUAUUAUGAUAACUGUCGGGGUUAUAGGGAAAAACCUAUUAUUUGAUCCAUCUUUGGAAGAAGAACAAGUAUUGGAAAAUGGGUUAAUAAUAAGUUUCUAUAAUAAUAAAGCCAUCACCCCAAUUUCCAAUAUGAACCUUGCUUUAAAUGCCAAUAAAGAUAAUUAUAAAGGUAUUGAUCAACUGUUGAUAAUAAGUGCUAUCAAUAUGGUCAAUAAAUACUGUUCUGCUGUUAUUCACGCUUUAGAUACUUUAAUAGAACAAGAUGAUGAAGUAGAUGGUACUAUUUUUUAA